UUAAAUAGAAAUGAAAUGAGUGUAGCUGUCGGGCACAGUCUUUCUAUGAAGGACUUAAGCAGAAACGAGUUCUUAAUAGACCCCAGUAGGUUGGAUCUCAGUGAUCCUCUCAGCAUAAAAAAGUUGAAAGAGUGGAAAACAGAACUUACAAAUGAAUGGUACAAAGAGCUCAAAAUACAGCAGGCGUACCAGAAAAUGGAAGGAGCAUACGCGCAAUACGGCAAUCGGAGUCAGAUAACUGAUAACUCAUUGCGCGACUCCAGGAUGAGGGCCGAUGAAGUUCAGCGCCAAUUGACCCUAAUUAACGACAAAAUCUUCGCAUCUGAUGUGGAUUCCAAAUUCAGCAUGGAUCAAUCAUCUGCUUCCAUAACUCAAGACCCUAACAGCAGCGGAGACGAAAUCGAUCAUAUCCACUCCAGAGUGAAUGGCGCCAAACAUCGGCCGACAAAUAAUGGAGCCAAUUUGCAUGGCGUUGAAUACAGUGGAAGCGGUAGUAAAAAUUCUGAUUUCGAAGAGCAGCGUAGAAGCUCUGGUCGAGAACUUGUUGAUGAGGACGAAGAUGAACGACUUAAAAAUUUAAGAAGAAAACUUGAAAUCGAGCAAGACGUUAGGCGAGGAACUGAGAAUUUGAUUAGCCAGUUCAAGAAGUUCAACAAGAAGCAGGAGUUAUUCGAAACUGAAGAUAUGCUGAAAGAGAGCAAGACGAAAAUCGAACUGAUCAAAAUGAGCAUCGCGAGGGUUCGAAAUGAAAAUGCGAAAGCAGGCAGGGGAGAUGAAAUUGGUUCUCAGUCGUUAAACGAAAGAAUCGAGGAUAUCAAACACCGCAUAUGCGUAGAAUGGAGGAUUGCUGAAGGAGCAAGGAACAUGAUGAAGUUGCCAAAUGCAGACAAGAAAGCAAUGAACGAGACGAAAGAGCGGGUGGCUGAAUGUGAAAGGAAACUUGCUAUUUUGAAGUACAGUUUGGAAAAGAGGGAGUUUGAAUUGCAAAUAGUUGAAUAUGGGCACACAGCCCCGAUUCCCACGGUAGACAUAACUCAGAUUGCAGCUCAAGGCGCAACUCUGCCACCAGAUUCAAAUCUGUACCGCAAAGCGGAUCCUCUUACUGGAAACUUGAAGAUACAGUUGCUAGGAUGCCAGGAUGUUCUUCUUGGAUUGCCGCAGAAUGCGUCCAGAGUUUCACUAGAUUCUGGAUUGGAUUCUGUAUCCUCUUCAGGCUCAAACAAGUCUAGUCGGAUCCUGAAAGGGUCAAGCAAGGACAAGAAAGAACGCAAAAGCACUGAAAACAAGGAGGCGGACAAAUCAUCAGAUCUAUUAUUUGCCAAGAUCAAAAUUGACAACGCACCUGUAGCGCAAACUUCUUCGAAGCCAAUGAGUAACCAGGGUUGGAUUGAAGACGAGGAGUUCAGUAUCAAUCUAGAAAAAGCGCGUGAAAUUUGCAUCGAGAUACACUGGAAAGAUUCGAAACAGAUAUGCGCUCUCAAAUAUCUCAGACUAGUCGAUUUCCUCGACAAUAAACCGCACGGCCUAUGUCUGCACAUGGAACCACAGGGAACCCUCUUUGCCAAAAUCCAAUUCACAAGCCCUGGUCUGAAAAAAUCAGCGGCCAGACUUCAGAGGCAGAAAGGAUUGGCAAAAAGGAAGAACUUCAUGCGACAGACGGAGCUAAAUACGACGUUUGCUGCGUGGACGCGGCUGCUGCUCAGGGGAGGAGCUGAUAGAAAGAUGUCCCAAUACAAUCCUCCCAAUUCUUACAACACAACAGGUCGAAACGCAUCUCCCAACGCCUCUUACUAUCACGCCCAAUUCGCCACUGUCAGUGGAGCUAAAAGCUCAGAGAACGUUACCCCGGUCGCACCACCGAGGAAGUCCGCUGAUGCACCACACUACUCGGGACAGAAGGCCGUUCUAGGAACCUCAAAUCGGCCAGAAUCCACACAAGUUUCACACUUCUCGGCAUGUGUAUCUCAACUAAAGACAGUGAAUAACAAUCCUGCAAAUAACAAUGCGACUCUGGAUGCUGCCACGAAGCAGUAUGUUGAGAGCAAUUUUAAUCUCGGAGGAGCGACAAAACCAGUUGAAGAGUUCCAGCUACCGGAAGCAAACUCAGACUUCUCGUCUAUGCAGAUAAGCAGCGGACUGUCGAAGGCAGUCUCGAAUGCUCCGCUUUUACCUGAAGCUCUUCCACCUUCGCAACCAUCUCAGCCCAGUCAUUCCAGGUCGCCCCAGACCAAUGUGACAGAAGUGUUGCAAUCCCAAUCCUCGAAUAGUCGCAAGUUGGGAAAACUCAAAGAUGGCAUGUCUACCUUCUUAACUAUAAAAGACUUCAGACUCAAGACGGUGCUGGGUAGGGGUCACUUUGGAAAGGUCAUUCUGGCGGAGUACAAAAACACGAACGAACUGUUCGCUAUCAAGGCCCUUAAGAAGGGCGACAUCAUAGAGCGCGAAGAGGUUGAGAGUCUGAUGACGGAGCUGAAGAUAUUCGAAAUGGCUAAUAAAAACAGCCACCCUUUCCUCGUACAGCUAUUCGCUUGUUUCCAGACGAAGGACCACGUGUGUUUUGUUAUGGAGUACAGCUCAGGGGGAGACUUGAUGAUGCACAUCCACCAGGAGGUAUUUAGUGAGAAGAGAACGGUAUUCUACUCUGGCUGUGUAGUGCUGGGACUGCAGUUCAUGCACGACAAUGGAGUCGUCUACAGAGAUCUGAAGUUGGACAAUUUGUUACUGGACAGCACUGGCUACCUGAAGAUAGCGGACUUUGGCCUCUGCAAACCUAACAUGUUCCAUGGGGACCGCACGAGUACCUUCUGUGGCACCCCGGAGUUCCUCGCGCCUGAAGUGCUCACCCAGCCCUCUUACACCAGAGCCGUUGACUGGUGGGGGCUUGGUGUACUCAUUUAUGAAAUGCUCAUCGGAGAGAGUCCAUUCCCUGGAGACGAUGAGGAGGAAAUUUUUGAUGCAAUUGUCCACGACGAGGUUCAUUACCCCAGGUUCCUCUCAGCCGAGUCGCUGAGCCUACUUCGCAAACUACUGAGAAAGAAACCCGAGUCCCGUCUCGGAUACUCGGAAAGAGACGCCGAAGACGUCAAAUCCCAAGCCUUCUUCAAGAACCUAAACUGGGAAGACCUGCUGAUGAGGCGAAUCAAGCCGCCAUUUGUUCCGGUUAUAAAUAACCCGGAAGACACGAGUAAUUUUGACGAGGAUUUCACGAAAGAAGCACCGGUUCUGACGCCCCCAAAGGAAAACCCAAGACCACUCACAAUACGCGAGCAGGACGAGUUUAAGGAUUUCGAAUAUAUGACUGAUUGGUGUUAGCAAGCCAGCAAACUUGGAAGGAAUUGAUGGGCUUUGUUAUUUGCUUAUAACUUCCACUAUGAUUCUGUACACUGAAUGAAGUUUGAAAUUUAUCGAGCGUAGAUUUUUUUGGAUCUCCUGUAAAAAGAAUUUUAUCAUCUCCCUUCCGUGCUUCCUGAACUCAUCAUCACGUUUCUUAGUUUUAUAUGUCAUGAUUUUAAAUUAAGUUAGCCAUUGGAUUUAAGUUGGAAAAGAUAUUAAAAACGGCUGUAAAAUGAGAUCGAAAUCCAUUAAAACAGAAGGUUUACAAUGAGUUCAUAGUUGGCUAGCGGUUUGAACUUGACAUAUUUCUCGAAAUGUGCAUUAAUAAUCUAUUUCAACUUUAUGGUAUACAUCUUCCACUUAUUGUCUAAGACUUACUUUGUCCAUUUGAAAAGAGGUUAACUUUAGCUUGAAAUCAUCAGGUAAAACGAAGGCCAGUGCCUUAAAUUGUUCUAAUGCCAUAUUGUACUCCAAAAAUUUGAGAAUACUAAAUGUUUUUUUAAAAGCAUGUGAUCAAAUGGCCAGUAGCAGGAAAAGUUCUGCUUCAGUUUUGCUACAUCUAAAAUAAAAUCUUGGUCUUAAAUUUAUGUUAAUUUAAUUUUGUAGAAAUAUUAAUGACGAACUCCGAGCAAGUUUAUUUCAGUUUGAAAAUUAAUUUUCGAGCACUUGUUUUGAGAAAAGUGUUCGUCAUAUCAUUGAAACCUGAGCUGUUUUCAUUGCGUUAAAUAUCUGUAAAAAUACAUAAUAAUUGAUAAACAUCUUGCUUUCAGUAGAGAUGAAACUAUGAAAAAAUGUUUCAAUUUAGUUGUUAAUUUGCAUGUAGUUACCCUAAAUAACCAACCUACCAUAGUUGCAUUAACAUAACCUUAACUUUACAGUAACCCUGUACUUUUGGCAUACAUUCUUUUUAGAUGGUGCGAGUCAAAUUUCUUUUCACGCCUACCAGUUAUAAAUAGCUCUUCUUUUUUAAAGAUCAAUAAAUUGCAAUUUUUUGAUUACUCA